GUACAGCGUUUGAUGGCAGUGUGAAGGUUAACGAUAGCUACAACGUGAGUGGAUUUAACGUAACUAGAAUUGUAAUUCAUCCAGAAUACGUUUUUUUAAAAAUUAUUAUUUCUUUCCAAACGGCUUUAGUGUGUUAGACCAAACAGUGUAGCAACCUCACAGGCUUCAGACUCGGUCAUGGCCGGUCUGUCCAACUAUGCAUUGCGCAUGGCCAGACUGAGUUCACAGAUCUUUGGGGAGGUUGCACGUCCAACAGACUCCAGAUCUAUGAGGGUGGUCCAGCUGUUCCAGGAGCCUCCUAUAGCCAAGAGGAAGGAGGUUUAUGACUGGUAUCCACAGCACAAGGUUUACUAUGCUAUGACCCAGAAGCUGAGGUUCAUGGGACUGUUCAGAGACGAGCAUGAAGACUUUAAGGAGGAGAUGCGCCGCCUGAGGAAAUUAAGAGGAAAAGGGACACCAAAGAAAGGAGAGGGGAAGAGAGCGGGAAAGAAGAAAUGAACUGUAAUAUUACUACUCUGUUAUCAUUACACAGGACUUCAGUUUGGAGGCAGACAGAAUAAGACUAUGUCCACUGUCACCAUGGGGAGAUUUCAAUCCUGAAUGUAUUCCAUUGGUCAGAUCAGGGCUGUUUUCCUCUGCUGGCUAGAAGAAUUCCUUUAGGCAACAUCACACAUAAAUGCUCACAUCUGUGUCUUCUGUACUGAACUGAAUUUGCUCCUUUUUUAUUUAACAUUGUAUUACAUGUAGGUCACAAAGAGCUACUCAAAUGCUAACAUAUGACUUUCUGUUAGGUACCACUGAAACAAGCAGCUCAUUAUCAUCAUUCAGGAGUAGAUAGAACAGUAAGAAGCCUAUGCUCAUGUAUUUUUAGGAUUCACAGAGUUAAAACAAAUGCUGUUAUGUUGCAGCUACAUUGUUGCUAAAAUCAACUAACCAAUAAAUGUUAGCUGGUGUUAGCUUGACUGUUGCUGGAAAUUAUGUCCAGAACAAGACAAAAGUUUGUGUUUUCCAAAUAUAAUAAAUGUGAGGAAUGUGUAAUGUUGUGAAGCUUCCUCUGUAUGCUGUUCAAAGUAAUGAGAAGCCACAAUAAAACCACGACACUUCA